CGCUAAUACGCUAUACAAAAAAAAAAGGAUGGCUACGAUUUGGUAUCUAUCACUUCUCUUUCUAACAUGUCUUCUUCUUGCCGCCUUCAGACGCAAGAAGCAAAAACCAGGACCACCGUCUCCUCCUGGUUUUCCGAUCAUCGGAAAUUUACACCAGCUCGGAGAAUUACCACAUCAGUCUCUGUGGACACUUUCCAAAAAGUAUGGUCCUGUGAUGUUUUUGAAGCUUGGAAGAGUUCCAACGGUCGUAGUUUCUUCCUCUGAAACAGCAAAACAAGCUCUGAAAAUCCAUGACCUCCAUUGUUGUAGCCGUCCAAGCUUAGUAGGGCCAAGAGACCUCUCUUACAAUUAUCUGGACAUUGCUUUUGCUCCCUUUGAUGACUACUGGAAAGAACUAAGGAAGAUUUGUGUGCAAGAGCUCUUCAGUGCUAAAAGAGUUCACUCGAUUCAACCCAUCAAGGACGAGGAAGUCAAGAAACUGAUCGAAUCAGUCGCGGAAUCAGCUUCUCAGAGAAGUCCGGUUAACUUGAGCCAGAAGUUUCAGGGUUUAACCGCUAGCGUGAUAUGCAAGGCAGCAUUUGGUUUGAGUUUUCAAGGAACUGUUCUCAACAAUGACAGAUUCCACAAGUUAGUUCACGAGGCAUUCUUGUUUUUGGGGAGCUUCUGUGCCUCGGAUUUCUUCCCAAAUGGUGGCUGGAUCAUUGACUGGCUCACGGGAUUACAAGGCCGGAGAGAGAAGAGCGUGAGAGAUCUCGAUGCUUUCUAUGAACAAAUGUUUGAUUUGCAUAAACAGGGGAACAAAGGUGGAGUUGAAGAUUUUGUGGACUUGCUCCUGCGGUUGGAGAAAGAAGAAACUGUUCUUGGAUAUGGCAAGCUCACAAGAAACCAUUGCAAAGCAAUCUUGAUGAACGUUCUUCUUGGAGCCAUCAGUACUUCUGCAAUAACAAUGACAUGGGCAAUGGCAGAACUUAUGAGAAACCCUCGAGCGAUGAAGAAAGUACAAUCCGAAGUCAGAAACCAAAUGGGGAACAAAUCAAUGAUCACAUUUGAUGACACAGAUCAGCUUAAUUACCUGAAAAUGGUGACCAAAGAAACAUGGAGGCUACAUCCUCCAGUACCUCUUCUGGUUCCAAGAGAAGUAAUGUCUGAAUUUGAGAUCAAUGGCUACAAGAUUCAACCCAAGACAUUGCUUUAUGUGAAUACAUGGGCUAUCGGGCGCGAUCCAGAUACCUGGAAGGAUCCAGAAGUGUUUCUCCCAGAGAGGUUUAUGGAUAAUAACAUUGAUGCAAAAGGGCAGAACUUCGAGCUGUUACCCUUUGGAAGUGGCAGGAGAAUCUGUCCUGGAAUGUACAUGGGGACAACAAUGGUGGAGUUUGGUCUGGCAAAUAUGUUGUCUCAAUUUGAUUGGAAAUUGCCAGAAGGCAUGGUGGUCGAAGAUAUCGACAUGGAAGAAUCUCCUGGACUCACUGUGGGCAAGAAAAAGGAGCUUCUACUUGUUCCGGUUAAGUAUGGUGAAAAUUGAUUACAUAUACACUAUAUAAGUUCUUCAUGAUAUUAAAAAAUUAAAUGUACCGAAAUAAAAGUAUGUCUAUGAGUCUAUCUUGUGUUCCUUUGUUUCUUAUCGUAUUAAUCCAAAGAGUGUUGAGUCGUC